AUAAGUUUAUAUAAUUAUCAGUGUAAAAUUUAAAAAAACCUCCAAUUAAGGAAGUCUAUUGAACUAUCGUUCACACGUCACAGAGGUGAAAUGGAAACCCAUUUCAAAAUAUGUGCAUCUUGUCUUCAGGAUGGUGAGAAAAUUCCAUCAUCAGAAUGGUGUUGGGACUGUAUGGAAGGUCUGUGUACAGAAUGUGCGAAAUACCAUAGAAGACAAAAACCUUCCAGACAACACAAACUUGUCCUCAUAAACACCAUUCCCAAUUUUGAUGUGCUACUGAGUUAUAUCCAAACUAGUUGUCCUUUACACAACAACGAACAACUGUUGUCAUUCUGUUCAACACAUCGCGAUCUUUGUUGUCAGUUGUGUGUAAACACGUCUCAUCGGGACUGUCAACAAGUCAUAACACUGACCGAGGCCGCCAAUACCACAACCAAUGCUAAUGUUGCAGAGAAAAUCAGGUCUUUGGAGGAGUUGUUGGAAAUCAAGACAGAAACCAUACGAAAAAGCCUAGUAAGUCAAGGCGAAGAAGUUGUACAGAAGGUUCAACAAAUGCGAAAAGAAAUUGACAAAUAUUUUGAUUAUUUAGAAGAAGAGGUGAAGAAAAAUUUGAUAGUUCAGCAUGAAUCAUAUUUAAAGUUGGUUCACCAAGAAAAUAAUAUUGUUGACGAAUGUUGUCUCGAAAUUAAAAUUAUGAAAGAACUUGUGUGUGUACUAUCUGAUGACAUACCGAGUGAAAUAUCGUUUCAGCUUCGAAUAGAAAUGAUGAAACAACUACAAAAUCAUAAUACCAAAUUUUUGGAAUCAACCAAACAGGCCUACCAAUUCGUGUUUAAACCAGUCGAUGUUAUGUCUAUAUUAGAAACAAAUGUGAAGUCUUUAGGAGAAAUAUGCAUCACCAAGAUAAGUGAUGUAUGUCAAGUUUCAGGUAAUCAUGUUAUAUAUCAAAGGACAAAUGAACAAAUCGGUAAUAGACACAGCCUUCAAUCUGAUUCGAACGACAAUGCUGAAUGUAAAAGAAAAUGUGAAAUGAGUUCAAAAGAGAUGUCAAUCAAAUGUCCAUCAGGUCCACUAGAAAACCAAAGCAAACAACCAGAAGUUCCAAAGGCCACCAUAGGCAUACACAUUGAUUUAAAUGAAGACAUCAGUGAACCAUUAAAGGAACCUUCGGUGUUAGGAGACCAUAAACUUCAGACCGGCAGGAAGAAUAGCGAAAGUCUAUCAAAUGUCCAACGAAAACCAGAAACAGCUUCACUGUCUCACAAACUCCAACUAUCUGUACUUGGUUCUAAUGUAACAUCUACAGAAUGUUGUUAUUUACCAGAUGGAAAACUUGUAUUAGUCGAUACAACCGGUAAAUUCGUUAUAUCAUGCAACGAUAAGGGCCGACAGUUCAAAAAGGUUUCGUUAACACAAGAGCCACUUGACAUUUCGGUUUACGACAAAACGAGACUCAUAGUGGCUCUGGGAAAUCAUGGAAUACAAGUGUUAAACAUUAUAUCACUACGUCCACUUGGGAAAGUUAUCAACCUUGGAGGGAAAUGCACUGCUGUUACCCAUGACAAUGAAAAGGUUGUUGUUGCAGUCGAUGAUAAACUGAAAUUAAUCACAAUAGACGGCAAACUUAUCCGUCAUAUAGAUCACCCUGGUUUGGUUUGGUCCCUUUCUGGUGUCUUUAAUGGCAAAAUAUACUACUCCGACUUUUCUGAUGAUGACGAUGUCCUUCAUUGUAUCACACUGGACGGUAAAAAUAUAUUUUCUUACAAACACCCACAACUUAUUGGCCCAACAGGGGUUGCAGUGGAUACGCACGGAAACGUGUACGUAGCAGGACUAAGUUCACAUAAUGUGCACCAACUUAGUGGAAACGGAAAACUAUUAUCGAUUAUUCUAACAAAGAGCGACGGUAUAAAAUACCCAAGAGGAAUGGCUUAUAACCUCGAAAAGAGGGAGCUUCUAUUGAUAAAUCAAGACAUGAAAACAAUUCAGUUUUAUGCUAUUCACUAAUGUUGGUGUACGUACAUGAAAUAAAAACAAUAAAUAUAAAACUCAUUAAAAUUCAUUGCGUUAAUUAAACAGUUAUUUUUUUAUACACUCCGUGUAUACAUGCAUUCGUUUCCCACCAUAAAAAAACUGAGUUAUUUUCA